AACCAAUGUAGUCAACACACCAGCUCAGGCCACGCUCUACAGUCAUGUACAUGGACGAUGUCUACCCUGUUUGCGAUUGACGCGUUUUGUCUGGUUCUUUGGCAUUACGAGCAAACGAAUAUGGAUUGAUCAGUGGAUUGGUUUGUGUGUCGUCCGAUGCCAGACUAUGUUUGCGCGUGUAUGAAUAAACUGUGAGAAAUACCGAGAAAAUGAGAUAAACAAGAUGCCUAAAAGGUGAGAGAAAAGAGAGAAACAGCCAGAGCGUCAGUCCGUGCACCCGAUGUCCCGUGUGUGCAUUUGGAUUUUCACUGUGUGAUGCGACGGCGGAAAGAAAGAGAGAAAAAAGGAGGAAAGAGAUAGAGCAGAACGUCGAGCGAGCAAGGGUGGAAGGGGCAUAAAAAGAUGGCCGUCCCGAAACAUAUGACAAAGAACGGCGGGCAACCGCCGCUGCCGAAAAGAAUCGUCUCGGAAUGUGUUCCACGGUAUCGUUGAUCUUCGUCCUCGCGUAGAGGUGCGGUGUAAUUUCGAGCAAAAGGGAUCGUGGCUACAAAAGUCAGUGAUCCUGUUAGCAAAGGAGCCAUGACUACGUGUAAAGAAUGGGCUCGAUCGCAUCGGUGUUGCAGUGGCAUUGCUCGGAGUGCGCUCUGAUAAAUCCAACGGAGAGCACGCGAUGCGCCAGGUGCGGCCUUACACGGCUUAGGAGUGAUGAGAAAGCGAACCUCAGGCUCAGCCUGAGCUUGGAGCGCGAACUUCCAGAAGAAAAACAGCAGGAGGAGAAGCAAAGAGACGGCGAGGAAGGUGGCUCUUCCUCGGUCUCGGUUCCGCCGACACCUCCGCUGAAACUUCGUUUGGAGAGGCCAGCGACGGGCGAUACGCGUCCGACUACUUAUCAAUACGUCAAAACCGAUCUCAUACAUCGCUCAGAUGGAAAUUUAAUUCUACCCAAUAAUCAUAUAAAGAAAUCUCAUCAUGAUUCAUGGAAUGGAAAGUCUUGUAAAAAAGAGCCAGUUAAAAGAUCUUCUUCUCUACCUUCUUUAAUAACACAAUGGACUUGCGUUCGUUGUUUGUUAGACAACAGUUGCAGUUCUGGCAUAAUUUGCGUAGCUUGCGAUGCAAAUUCUUCUAUUGCUGAAACUGACAAACGGCAAAUUGGAGCACGUAAAAGCAAAAAAUUAAAUCUACGCAAAACAAAUCGCCUCAAAGCUGCAUCUGAACUUCUGGCCAAUAUUUUGGAUGGUGUCAAUGCAACAAGUUCUUCUACAAGUGAUAUAAAAAUUAUUAAUAAAGACAUGGCACAACUAACAAGUAUAAGUCGUAGUGAAAGGAGACAAGAUAGAGAAGACUGGACCUUGCCACCGAUAGAAACUAUGGAGUCUACUACACUUUCUUACACAAAUACCACUGAUACCUCUCAACGUUCACCAAAAAGACAUAGUCCUUCAAUUUAUGAACGAGUCAAAUCUAAAGUUAGUCGCUCUUUAUCUAAUGGAUCUGUUGUACAUAAAUUAUCUGAACAUGCAAUUCAAAGACCAACAAGUUUAGUAGUCUCAGAAUCUCAGCAAGAUGAUGCUCUCUGGAGUUGUGAUAAUUGUACUCUUGAUAAUGCUCCUGGCCUAGAACAGUGUGAGGCAUGUGAAGCUCCUAGAAGUCCUGCUCCUUGCAGUGGUGUAGUUAUCAGUGUACCUGCCUGGGAACCACGUGCUCUGUCUUCUGCAGGUCCACUGUCCUAUAGACGAUCUUUUUCUGACGUUGAAUCUGUUACAAAUGUAUCUCAGAAAAAGAUCGUCAAUCGUAGGAGUCUCAAUGAAGAUGAACCACCUGCAGUACCACCGCAUUCUGUUGGUUUUAGUACAAGACCAAAAUAUUCUUACAUUGGAAUUACUGACCCUGAUAUACCACCGCCAUUGCCAAAAAAACAAAAUAAUAAAUUGGGCCUUGUACCCACGAAAGCACAUAGUGAAGCAACUAGUCCUGUCGGGGAUAUACCAAAUGUAAGUUCGUUGAAACGUAUGUGGACUUGUCGAAAAUGUUCUUACGCGUAUAAUCCUUUGUGGUCAACUGGUUGCGAUAUAUGUGGAUCUUCUCGAUCACCGCCUUCAUUAAUGCAACCUAGUCUAAUAACUGUCACGAAAGAUGAAACAAGUUGUUCAAUGCAUACACAAUCUCCGAUUGUAGUAUCCAGGGAUAGUGUGAGAUACAUUCCGCAAAAAACUGCUACAUUGGCUACAGCAGAAUCUGAUUUAGAUGAUCAAGUCGAUCCACCUUCUCCAGUGUGGACUUGUAAAAAAUGUACAUUAUUAAAUGCUGCUUCAAGAACAACGUGCGAAGCGUGCGGUGGUUCAAAGCUUAAAAGUAUCAUGCAUUUAGAAGAUGCUACGCUACGAAAAGGAGAAAGUUGGGUGUGCCCAUCGUGUACAUUAAGGAAUCCGCUAUCAGCACAAACUUGUAACGCUUGUAAGACAUUAGCAGAUUUUCUAGAUGUACCAAAAGAUAGCAGAUUUUUUGGAUCAAGAAGUCCGAGUCCAAGACUCUGUUCGACCCCUAUAAAUUCAAAAGUUGUUACCCCAAGACAUAGGAAUUCUGUGAGAAGGAACGGUUCUUCAAUUGGAGACAAAAGACAUUCAAGAAUUAGAGAUUCUACUCAUGGUCAAUGGCAGUGUAAACUGUGCACGUAUGAAAAUAAGAGUACAAAUGGAAUUUGUGAAAUGUGCCAAAUCUCAAAAAAUUUAUCUCAACUACCAGGUGAAAGGCCUAGAAUUAUUGAAUCUGGCAUAAAUACACUUACUAUACAACGGCAAGAAAGUGUAGUUAUGGAGAAUUUAAGACAAAUUGAGGAAAGAGAAGCUUUGGAGAAGUGGGAGCGAAUUGUUCGCUAUUGUAAAGAGACAAAUGAACCUUUUGUCGAUGACUCAUUUCCACCAGCUCCAAAAUCUCUAUAUUAUAAUCCAGCUGAAACAAAAGAUAAUCAUGUUGUUCAGUGGAGAAGGCCUCAUCAAAUUAAUGUUGAUUCUACAGUUGAUUCCAAACUGCCUUGGGCUGUUUUUAGAAAACCCUUACCUUCUGAUAUCUCGCAAGGUGUAUUAGGAAACUGUUGGUUACUUUCAGCUUUAGCUGUUUUAGCCGAAAGUGAUGAGCUUGUAAAGAGAGUCUUAGUAAUGAGAGAAACCUGCCCAGAAGGAGCUUAUCAAGUAAGAUUAUGUAAAGAUGGAAAAUGGACCACUGUACUUGUUGAUGACUUGUUACCCUGUGAUAAAAGAGGCCAUCUUGUAUAUUCUCAGGCAAAACGAAAACAACUUUGGGUGCCAUUAAUUGAAAAAGCAGUGGCUAAAAUUCAUGGUUGCUACGAAGCUUUAGUAUCUGGACGUGCAAUAGAAGGUCUAGCAACACUUACAGGUGCCCCUUGUGAGAGUGUGCCUUUACAACCAUCUGCUUUGCCAAGUGAAGAUGAACUUGAUAAGGAUUUAAUAUGGGCACAACUUUUAUCUUCAAGGCAAGCUAUGUUUUUAAUGGGUGCUAGUUGUGGAGGUGGUAAUAUGAAAGUUGAUGAGGAAGAAUAUCAACGUAAAGGUUUAAGGCCAAGGCAUGCUUAUUCUGUUCUUGAUGUACGGGAUGUACAGGGAAUACGAUUAUUGAGAUUACGUAAUCCAUGGGGUCACUAUAGUUGGAAAGGUGAUUGGUCUGAUGAUAGUCCUAUUUGGACACCGCAAUUGCGAGAAAUGCUUAUGCCACAUGGUGCUUCUGAUGGUGUUUUCUGGAUUUCUUUUGAUGAUGUACUAAAAUAUUUUGAUUGUAUCGAUAUUUGUAAAACUAGAGUUGGGUGGAGUGAAGUUAGAUUGCGUGGGACACUUCCACCCUUAUCAUCUCUUAGACAUUUAUCAUGCGUACUUUUAACGGUACUAGAACCUACUGAAACAGAAUUUACUUUAUUUCAAGAAGGGCAGAGGAAUUCUGAAAAAUCACAACGUUCUCAGUUGGACUUGUGUGUAGUUGUUUUUCGUACACGUUCACCAGCAGCGCCUGAAGUGGGAAGAUUAGUAGAACAUAGUAAACGACAAGUACGUGGAUUCGUUGGAUGUCAUAAAAUGUUAGAAAGGGAUUUGUAUAUUGUUGUAUGUUUGGCCUUUAAUCAUUGGCACACAGGAAUGGAAGAUACUUCCAGUUAUCCUGAAUACGUUCUUGCCAUUCAUAGUUCUAAGAGACUAUUAGUUGAACAAAUUUCCCCACCAGCAUUUGUUUUAGCUGAUGCUAUAAUAAGUUUAACUCUAGCAAAAGGACAGCGACAUGAAGGAAGAGAGGGAAUGACUGCUUAUUACUUAACUAAAGGUUGGGCUGGUCUUGUAGUAAUGGUAGAGAAUCGUCAUGUAAAUAAGUGGAUUCAUGUAAAAUGUGACUGCCAUGAAAGCUAUAACGUUGUAUCCACAAGAGGACAACUCAGAACUGCCGAUAGUGUUCCCCCGCUUCACAGACAAGUCAUCAUAGUUUUAACACAAUUGGAAGGUAGUGGAGGUUUUUCGAUAGCACAUCGACUUACGCACAGACUAGCUAACAGUGGAAACUUGCAUGAUUGGGGUCCGCCAGAUACUCAACAUUGUCCUCAAAUUGAUACUCAAGUCGAAGGUUUACAUAGUCCUCGUUUAAUUACGUGAACAAAUGAGUGAUUAAUAAUAAAUAGGACAAUGUUUAAAUGUAUCUCGUUUGUCAAGUAAGAGAUUUAUUAUAUACUCGUGAUAUCCAAAAAUUUACCAAAGCAAGCUAGAAAGAUUUUGGUACAGAAGAAGAAAUAGUACUGAAACCAUAACAUAUUUUGUGCUUUCUAGCUAUUCGUGUUGUACGAAAAUUUUUAGCAUUACGACAAGCUCACUAUUGGAUAUAAUACAAUAAUUAAUUAAUAUACAAUGAUUCUGAGAUCAGUGGUUAGAAAUAUUUUUUUUUAAUUAGGUAGAAAUCAUCCGUUGUAUCAAUGAAAAUGAAAUACUUUAAACUUGCGUGCAAAUUAAGCAUUUCUACGGGAACCAUUGAUCUAUAAAGAAGACUUAAGGGAAAUUAAAUAUUUAUGGAAGAACAAAUUAAACACAUUGCUUGUUAUAUAAAAAAAAAUUAUUUUCUCAACGUAACAUAUAAGCACCAUAAAAA